ACUGGGGCCCCGGCCCCGCACGGCCGCCGCCGCCGCCGCGAUGGCCCAGCAGCAGAUGACCAGCUCGCAAAAGGCUCUGAUGCUCGAACUGAAAUCCCUGCAGGAGGAGCCGGUGGAGGGCUUCCGGAUCACCCUGGUGGAUGAGUCCGACCUCUACAACUGGGAGGUGGCCAUCUUCGGACCCCCCAAUACCCUCUACGAAGGCGGCUACUUCAAGGCACAUAUUAAAUUUCCUAUUGACUACCCAUAUUCUCCACCUACCUUCAGAUUCUUGACCAAAAUGUGGCACCCCAACAUUUAUGAGAAUGGAGAUGUAUGCAUUUCAAUUCUUCAUCCGCCGGUAGAUGACCCACAGAGUGGAGAACUGCCCUCUGAAAGGUGGAACCCAACUCAGAAUGUGAGGACUAUCCUGUUAAGUGUAAUCUCACUGCUUAAUGAGCCCAACACCUUCUCCCCAGCCAAUGUGGAUGCUUCAGUUAUGUUCAGGAAAUGGAGGGACAGUAAAGGAAAAGACAAAGAAUAUGCUGAAAUCAUUAGGAAACAGGUUUCAGCCACUAAGGCUGAAGCAGAAAAAGAUGGAGUGAAGGUCCCCACAACUCUGGCGGAAUACUGCAUCAAAACUAAAGUGCCUUCCAAUGACAACAGCUCAGAUUUACUUUAUGACGACUUGUACGACGACGACAUUGAUGAUGAAGAUGAGGAGGAGGAAGAUGCUGAUUGCUAUGAUGAUGAUGAUUCUGGGAAUGAAGAGUCGUGACGUGUUCCUUCAGUGCCCCUGUACUGCCCUGCCGUCUCAGGCCAAAGGGAGGGGAGCAAGUAGGGACCUAGCAGUGGCCCCUCAGCAAAAACUCAUUCACAGGGGGGUGGGGAAAACAAACAGCUCCUGCUGACUCCCCUUGAGGAUCUCAGCUUGCUCCUUUUUAUGGACCGAUAAUGGAAAGUAACCAACCCUCCACAGAAUGUCUGAAUUCUUGCAUUUGUUACCCUUCCAUCACUGUAUUGAUUCUUUUUGAAAAAACAAAAAACAAAGCAAAACAAAACAAAAAACACCACCACCCAAACUCCCACCUCACUUCAUCUCUAUUGAAUGUUCACAGCAAAACACCUUUGUCUGUUUUUAGAAUCCUGAAGACUUAGUCUAAGACAUUUAAUGUGUUUAAAGCUGGGAACCCACUGGGAGUUCACAAGUGCUGCAUAUACUGGGUAGCAAAAGAAAAUGGGGGAGCGGGGAAACAAAAAAGGAAAAAACCCAAAAACAGACUUUAAAAAAAGCAAAUUUGCCAAGGUUUAGCUGCUCAUUUACAUUAGUGCGUGUGCAUUUGUUCAGCCCAUGGCAGUCAAUUUGUUUCUGUCCCUUUCUAGGGCUGGGGGAUACAGUGGGCACCAGGGACUUGACUUCUUGCUAAGCCUGAUGAAAUGUGCUUCUGCCUCCAUGAAAUGGUCCUAACAAGGAGGCCUCAGCUACUCUGAGAGAAAGCAGAUUUUGUUUUUUGAAAUCCAUUGGGAUCUAAAGCCUGAAAUAAAUAUUCAUACUUUACAUAGAA